AAACUUUCCAGUGAGCAAGUCCACUUAGUCAACCAGAAAGCUACUCGUGAAUAAAGAAAUGCUCCUUGUGAAUAAAGAAGAAGGAGAAGAAGCUAUCUGUUUUUUCAGAACUAGCACAAGCAUUGAGGAAACCGAUUGUGAGAAAAAUUGAAGAAGAAGAAGCAUCAAAGAAACAAGCGCAAAUGGCGAGAGAAAUCAUAUUGUCUGUGUUGGGAAAAAUUUCCAAUCUUCUUAUCCAAGAGUCAGAUUCACUGCUUGGAGUAGAAGAUCAAAUUCAAUGCAUUGAAACCCAAUUGAGAAAGAAAGCUGAUAUUUCUGAUAAAUUUACUGGAAAGACGGCUUUCAUAGAAACAGUUUACGAUCUUGAAGAUGUGAUUGAUCAGUUAAUUAUCAAAUCAGCCCAGAGAAGAAUCAGAUAUGCUUGCAUUCGCUCUGUUAUGGCUUUCGUUCAUCUGCCAAUGUCUUUAUUUUAUAUUUUGGCUCUUGUUGAUUUGCUAGAUUGUUACAGGCUUCGUGAGAAACUGGAAAAGAUUAAGAUUAGAAAUUCCAAGGGUUAUGGAAUGAUUAAACGUUCUGGUUACUGGCACAAGUCCUUUGGCAUAUACGAAGUGGGCAUUGGCUACUCUGUAAUUUCUCCUGUUAUGGGUUUGUUUGAGGCCUUAGCCACUCAGCAGGAGCUUCGUCCUGAUGUGCGACGGCAAGCCAGGAGAUUAAGAGACAAAUUCAGGUCUUUGCACGACAUUCUAAAAUAUGUUGAACAAUCAAAAGAAUUAAGUGAAGCAGGAAUGGCUUGGAUGGAGGAACUCUGCGAUGUUUGUCGCUCAGCUGAGAAUGUUGUUGGUUUCUUCAUGCAACACAUGAAGAACGGGAGGGGAGGACCUUUCCAAAACUUGGUCUGGGCUCCCCGGCAUGUCAUUUCCCAGCAUAAGCUUUCCCGGCAGAUGGCCCGGAUUAAUGAUAAGAUCCGUGAUCUUUCUGGUCAAAGACUUGAAGCUAUUGUAGUGUCAUGGAGUGACAAUUCUAAAAGCUUAUGUCGAAAGAGAAAGCCACAUCCUCUUGAUGCUGAUCAGCUUGAUAUAGUUAGCUUCCAUGAAGAUGUAGAUGCAGUUACGGCACAGCUGCUGAAAGAUGACCCUCGCUGCAUCACCAUUUCAAUUGUGGGGUUCCGAGGCGUUGGAAAGACAAGCCUUGCAAAGUUAAUCUAUGAAAGCCAGACUAUUGUAGACCAUUUCCCUCGUCGUAUCUGGGUGUCUAAUGUAUGUCAAUUGAGGCAGGUAGUGAAUGAUUGCUUAUUGGAUGAGAAGCAUUUCAUAGUUGUUGAUGACAAGGAAGCUGGCAUAGAAUUCUUGAGAAACAUGGGAAGAGUCUUCAAUGACAUAUCAAAUGGAACAAGACUUCUUUUCACAGUUUCCAAUUUAAGGGAAGCUCCACCAGUUACUGAAACUAGUUUAACUUACAGCCUGCAUCUUCGAAGCCACGACGAGAGCUGGGCGCUGUUCACGCACACUUUGAAGGUAAACAUCUGCCGAGAGAUGGAGAAUCUUAAAGGACACAUCAUAAGAAAAUGUGGGGGGCUGCCAUGGGUAAUUGUGGAACUAAGUGAACUACUAUCACAAAAAGAUGCAACUCUAAAGGAGUGGUCAAAAGUUCUUGACCACUUAAAUCAAGAUCAAGAGCCCUGGUUAAAAAUCCUAGAUGAGAUUAACAAGCAUUUACCUUUGCAUUUGAGAAGAUGUCUCUUUUAUUUUGGAUUAUUUCCAGCAGGCUUUAAGAUCCCUGCAAGAAGAUUGAUUGCCUUGUGGGUUGCAGAAGGUUUGGGGCGCCAACAGAGUAAUGAACAAUCCCCUGAAUAUGUUGCAGAGGCAUGCUUGAUAGAGUUAAUGAACUAUAAUAUGGUUCAGGUGACAGAAAAGAAACUCAAUGGGAAAGUUAAGACAUGUUGCCUACCUGAAGCUCUGCUAGUACACUGGUUCUCAAAAGCCAAGGAAGCUAAUUUUCUUCAAGGUCACUCUGACGUUUCCAACACCAACAUAGGUGUAAUACGCCGUCUUGCUGACCAUCUUCAGCAGAGUGAUGCCAUCUUUGAUGAUAUUCAUGGUUACAGCAACGCUUCCUUGUACUCUCGCUACAGAGAUGUGGUCUCCUUUUUAUCCUUUGAUACACGAGAAGGAAGCAGACCUGGAGAAGAUAUAGGGAACUUUCUUGAUAGAUCCAUCUCGAGCAACUGCUUCCGGUUCCUCUGGGUGUUGGAUCUGGAAAAUGUAUACAAGCCAAAACUGCCCAAGGCAGUGGGUCAAUUGACUUGUUUGAGGUAUUUUGGCUUGAGAUCAACAUACCUGGUGAUGCUUACGGUGUCCAUCAACAAAUUGCUGAACCUUCAAACGCUGGACUUAAAGCGCACUUGCAUCGAGACUCUUCCCAGUUCAAUAUGGAAGAUGCAAAAGCUAAGGCAUUUGUUUCUUGAUGAGAGUUUCCAUAGGGCUUUGCGUCCACAAGAAGACAGCUCUCUCGUGGACCUUCAAACGCUCUGGGGUGCAUUUGUGGAUGAGGCUAGUACUGUGAGAAAUGGCCUGGACGCUUCAUUGAAUAUUACAAAAUUGGGAAUGAAAUGUAAGAUAUCUGUGCCCUCUCAAAAUGCAGCAAUGUCCUUACAACUGGAUAAUGUGGCCAACUGGGUUGUAAAACUAAAACAACUUCAAUGCUUAAGGUUGAAAUCAUUUGAUGAAUCAGGCCAGCCAUGGGAUCUGCAGUUGCAGUCUUUGAUAGAGCAUGUGAAACUUUCCAAUAUAUAUUUGGUUGGAAAGCUAAAGAAUCAGCACCUUGUAUCUGAGUUACCAAAGAGCCUGAUUGAACUCACCUUGUCAGCAUCCGGAUUAGUAGAGGAUCCAAUGCAAGCAUUGUACAAACUACCCAACCUCAGAAUCAUUAGACUCUUGUCCAAAUCCUUCAUUGGAAAGAAAAUGCUCUGCAGUUUUGGAGGAUUUCCAAAGCUUGAAAUCCUAAAACUCUGGGAGCUCGAGCUGCUGGAGGAGUGGAAUGUGGAGGAAGGAGCAGUGCCUAGCCUGAAAGACUUGGAAAUCAGAUCCUGUAGAAAUUUAAAGAUGCUUCCUCAUGGACUUCAGCAUGUUGGGACUCUUCGUGAAUUAAAAUUAACAAAAUUGCCAAUGGUAUCAUCAAGGAUCAAGGAUAAUCUUGGUGGGGAAUGUGAUAAAAUUGCUCAUAUACGCCAUGUGUGGAUGGAGGAUUGAUAAUCCUUAGCAGAAGUCCAACCAAGAAUGGGAUAUGUUCUCAAGGUCAUGAUUCAGAGGAAAUCAAGUGACAUGAUGGCUCAUUUUCCAAUAUUAUUUUGUGUUUUUUUUUUUUAUUUUUUUUUUCUUUUCCUUUAUUCAGUUUACAGAUCUGUGUAAUUUAAGUGUAAUGUAAUUUUUCCUGUAUGCUUUCCAAGUGGUUAAAGGUUCAAUUUCACCCUUGUACUUAUUGGUAAAGUUUAAUUUAGCCUUUGUUUUUUUUUU